AUGUCGGACAACUCGAACAACCACGCCCUUCCGUUGUAUGCCCUCGGGGCAUAUGGGAGUUCCGCGACCAGGCGCCGGACGCCGUCUCAGACCGGGUUUAUCUCGGUACGGCUUCAUAGGCCAUAUCGUGAUACUAGAAUCUUUAGAAUUUCCAGGCCUGAGAGCUUUGAAGAGUUCAAGGUGAUGGCUUGCCAAAAAAUUGGCUUUCUUGCCCGACCCCGAGAGUUGGUGUUUUACGUAAGGCAUCGUACUCAAUUGGGGUCGGGUCAAUAUGGAAAUCUCAAUUGUGUCCGGCUCGAGGAGUGGAACUGGGGGCGGUUCCGCGAUUCUUUCACCAAUUCCGCGACUACCCCUGCGCUCAAGAUUUACUGGAAGCCGAGCCAGGCAACUUUGCGCGAUCUGCGUGAAACUGCUGGGUAUUCUGACGACGAAAGCUCGGACUUCGAUUCAUACACAUGA